AUGUCAUUCCAGUAUCAUGCAUUGUCGGAGCCUUACUCUAUUCAGAGCCCGGAAGUCACAGGGUCGCAACUUCCUCCAUUGCCACGGUCGGCUGUAUCCUUCGGUGAGCCUCAGCACCACCACCACAACAAUAACAAUGGAGCUGAAAGCCACGAAACUCUUUUAAAUAUCAGAACUUCGCAGACUUUCGAGACAAGCGGCCCUACUGCACAUCACAAGGUUCAACAUGGUUCGACGGUUCCAAAGGACAGUACUUGCUACGAACCAUCCUCAUUGCCGCCGCUGGCUUUGCGCGCAACAUUGAUGUCAUGGGCUCUCGAGAUUUGCGCGAUGAUGUUGAGCAUUGGUUCAAUCAUUGCUAUCAUUGCCGUCCUUUAUCGGGAGAACGACAAGUCACUUGACCGUUGGUCGCUUGCAGUGUCAUUGAAUACUGUUGUCUACCCUCGGCACCCUCGCGAGAACAACGCUCGCUUUCGCCCUCAGUGCUUGCAUGGACUAGUAGCUUUUGAGAGGUUCGACGAAGCGGUCCGAGGGCCCUGGGGCGGGACCCGACUUUUCAUCUGGUUGCGCGCUCGACAUUGGGCAGCCCUUGGUGCCCUGGUUAUCAUGGGCACAAUCGCAUUCGAUCCCUUCCUACAAGCUGUCAUCUCCAGUCAAGGCAGACUUGAUGAAACAGAUCAUGGCUCAAACACAACUAUCAGUCAAGCUCGACGCAUGGACACUGGGACCUUCACUGUCUUGAACAGUGUUGGCAUACUAAACAUAAUGACCUCCGCGGGAGCAAUGACAUACAUGCCUGUCCGUACCCGGCCAGACUUUGGACUUGUCGGCUCGAUCUACAAUGGCCUACGCAACACUUCCAUAUCUCGCGAGGAACCAGUCAGCUUCACUUGUAUUUCUGGUAAUUGCACGUGGCCAGUUUUUGCAUCAGCCGCAGUGUGCAGCUCCUGCGCAGACGUCUCCGCCCACCUUAAUUCAACGACUGCAUUCGGGAGACAUGGAACAUCCAUUCCAUGGGGGCAGUCCAACGCCUGGAUGUCAGCUAACUUCACUAGCUGGCAGGUACCCAAUGGUGAGAUCAGGAACUAUCACGGCUUGUCCAAUACGUUACCGGGUGGUAUUGAACAAUCGACUCUGAUGACCUUAAACACCACGACCAUUGCCGCCGAGACUCAGACCUUCCAAGAUUACGAGGCUUUGCUUAUGGCUUUCACCUUCCUCAGGGCGCCCGCCGACUACGUCAACCGGGUAACGACCUGGGAAGAGUCUAAACCUUCUGCUACGGAAUGUGCAUGGUACCUGUGUGCAAAUGCAUAUCAAGCUGUGAGCAUCAACAAUGAGCUCAACGAAACUCUCGUCGGAUCAUGGUCGCAAAAGAAGCCAGACUCAUAUGGCCCUGAUAGUACCUAUGAAGAUUACAAUACAAAAAAAGGACUUGAGAUAGCCAAUGCGGCGGCUGCAGACCUAGGCACCCAGCUCUAUGACUCAAGUGUCAUCAGAACCGAUCUACAACUGGAAAUUCCCUCCAAAGCAGCAAAGUCGCUGGGUUUACAAGAUGAGCGUUUCAAUAUCUCGCAAACCUUCAUCUUCAGCACGAUAUCAUACUUGGAACAGAUUACCCACAAACCCGGCGUAUGGGAUUCCAACAACCUCACAACGCGGAAAUAUAUACCUGGGUCCGAUACCGUAGGUUGGCCGUCGCUAGACUCUAGCAUGCCCGCUAUCGCCGACGCCUUCUGGAACUCUACUAACUUGACCAACACUUUCGAAAAUGUAGCACGCAGUAUCACUCUACAGCUGCGCAACACAUCGCCAGAUAGACACCCUGGAACACUGCAGAACUGGGUCAUCCAUGUGCGUGUGGACUGGUGGUAUCUCACCUUUCCAAUAGCCAUGCUUGCUCUUGGCUUGGUGUACGUGACGUUGGUCAUCAUCGAAUCCACGCAGUUGCGCAUCCCAGUGUGGAAAGAGAGCGCUCGCCCGACCUUGCUUUAUGGGUUCCAUGAUGAGACGCAAAGGUUACUUAGAGAAGAGACCAGCGACAAGAGGAGUCUGACGACUGUGCGGUACAGGAUGGACGAGAAGGAGGAUUGUCUGCGACUUGUGGCAGAUAGGAUGGCGUAA